AUGGGAGCUUUAGAUAACAAGGUAGUCUGCCUUGCUUGCUUUUCCCUCUUUGUUAUACUCUUUUCUUCACCCAAUUUUGCUGCUUGUUCCCCUGCUUCGGCUGGAGAAGCCAAUGCUCUUUUCAAAUGGAAACACAGCCUUCAAAACCAGAACACUUCCAGCCUCGCUUCAUGGGAGUUUCAUCCUAAUAAUGACUCCAUCUCUGCAUGCCGCUGGUUAGGAAUUUCUUGCAAUCACCAUGGAAUCAUAAAAGGAUUGAACCUCUCAAAUUUUGGCAUAAACGGUACACUCUACAACUUCCCUUUCUCAUCUUUGAGCAAUCUUAAAUACAUUGAUCUUAGUAUCAACCAACUUUUUGGCACUAUCCCGCCGGAAAUUGGUUCCCUUUCCAAACUCAUCUACCUUGAUUUGUCCAUCAACUCUUUUUUUGGAUCCAUCCCAUCUGAAAUUGGCCACCUAAGCAAUCUUGAAACUCUCCACCUUGUAGAAAAUGAGUUGACUGGUUCAAUUCCUCAUGAGAUAGGCAACUUGACAUCUCUUAAGGACUUAUCCUUGUACGACAACAACUUGGAGGGUCAUAUUCCUGCUUCUCUUGGCCAUUUGAAAAAUUUGUCUUUUCUAUAUCUCUAUGAGAAUAACAUUCAUGGGUCCAUCCCUCACCAGUUGGGAGAUCUCACCAAUCUUCUUGAGCUUGAUAUUGACACCAACAAUCUCACAGGUCCUAUUCCUUCCAACCUUGGAAAGUUAAAAAAGUUAACUAUGUUAUUCUUACAUGAAAAUCAUCUAUCUGGUAGUAUCCCGCUGGAGAUAGGAAAGUUGAAAUCUCUUGAAUAUUUGAGCUUUUACAGCAACAACCUUACAGGUUCAAUCCCAACUACUUUCGGUGGCCUUACCUCCCUAACUCUUCUUCAUCUCUAUGGCAAUCAACUUUCGGGUCCUAUUCCUCAAGAAUUAGGAAAAUUGAAGUCCUUAACUGAUCUAGAAUUGUCCCAAAAUAAUCUCAUUGGUCAAAUUCCUACUUCUUUUGGUCCAAUCCCUAAAAGUUUGAAAAACUGCUCAACCUUAGUACGAGCCCGAUUUGAUGGGAACAAACUCACUGGAAGCAUAUCUGAAGGUUGUGUACCUGUAGAACUUGGAUCACUAACCCAAAUAUCUUAUCUUGAUCUCUCCAAGAAUAGCUUAAGUGGUUCAAUUCCAAGAUUUUGGCCAAACUUUCAAAACCUGUUCCAUUUGAACCUAAGUAGAAAUAAGUUUAGUCAAGAGAUUCCAUUUCAAAUAGGUAACCUAUUUCACCUUAACAAGCUAGAUUUGAGUCAUAACUUGCUUGCAAGGGAAAUUCCAUCUGAUAUUACAAAACUGCAAAGCUUAGAGUUGCUAAACCUUUCCCACAAUAACCUAUUUGGUGUCAUUCCAAAAGGUUUCGAAAAAAUACCAUUGUCUUUUGUCGAUAUAUCAUAUAACAAUUUGCAAGGUCCCAUACCCAAUAGUAAAGCCUUUAUAGAAGCUCCAAUGGAGGCAUUACAAGGAAACAAAGGGUUGUGUGGCAAUGCCACAGGAUUGCAACCCUGCCCUUCAUCAAUGAACAGCAAAAGCAGAACAAAACACAAGGCUCUUGUAAUUUUGAUUCCCCUAGGAGGAGUAAUCUUGUUUUCAGGUGCUUUAAUGGGGUAUGUCAUUAUGUUGGAAUGGAGAAAAAGAAAGGCAAAUGUGGAAGAAGGUGACAAGGGCAAUAAAGAUGUCUUCUCAAUAUCUUUAUUUGAUGGCAAAGGAAUGUACAAUGACAUUUUAAAGGCUACUGAGAAUUUUAAUGCUGCUUAUUGCAUUGGGAAUGGAGGCUUUGGGAUAGUCUAUAAAGCAAAUCUACCUUCAUUGGCUUCUUACACUACUACAGUAGCUGUUAAGAAGCUACAUUCAUUAUCUGAUCAAGCUGAGUUUGCUAGUCAUAAGAGCUUCUUAAAUGAGAUAAGGGCUUUGACAGAAAUUAGGCACCGAAACAUAGUGAAGCUUUUUGGCUUUUGUUCACAUGCCCGACACUCAUUCUUGAUAUAUGAGUACCUAGAAAGGGGUAGCUUGGCCAAACUUUUGGGCAAAGAUGAAACAGCUAGAGAACUAGAUUGGCCAAAAAGGGUUAACAUUGUCAAGGGUGUGGCUCAUGCCUUAUCUUACAUGCACCAUGAUUGCUCUCCUUCGAUCGUUCACAGAGACUUGUCAAGCAACAAUAUUUUAAUUGAUGAGGAGUAUGAGGCUCGUAUUUCUGAUUUUGGGAAUGCUAAGCUUUUGAAGCUCAAUUCUUCUAAUUGGAGUGCAAUUGCAGGCACAUAUGGUUAUGUUGCACCAGAGCUUGCUUACAUGACAAAGGUGACCGCGAAGGUUGAUGUCUAUGGCUUUGGAGUGUUAGCAUUGGAGGUAUUGCAAGGGAAGCAUCCAGGGGAUUUCAUCUCUACUCUUACAACCCUGGCUAUUGAGAGCAUUGAGCUGAAAGACAUUCUAGACACCCGCCUUUCGCCACCCUCAGCCGAGGUUAAUGAGGCAGUGAUGUGCAUUGCAAAGCUUGCUAUUGGAUGUCUACAAAUUAAUCCAGAAUCUAGGCCAUCAAUGCAAGUCAUUUCUCAAAUCUUCUCAACUCGAAAAAUGCCUCUAAACAAUCUGUGA